AUGGCUGCAGGGAACGCCAUGGAAAAUCUCCAGGAGGAAACCACCUGUGCCAUCUGCUUGGAUUUCUUCUGUGAUCCCGUCAUGCUCCUGAGUUGCGGCCACAAUUUUUGCCGCCAUUGCCUCGAUCGUUGCUCCGUGGAUGCCGCCGGGGCUGGCUCCUGCCCCCAGUGCCGUUUACCUUUUCCCUGUGGUGGCUUCCGUCCCAACCGGCAACUGGCCAACGUGGUGGCAGCCGUCCAGGAGCUGGCAACGCCAUCGGUGGAGGAGUUUUGCCGGCGGCACCGCCAACCCCUCACCCUUUUUUGUCACCGGGAUGGGAUCCUCCUCUGCACUGCCUGCGCCGAGCAUCGCGCCCACCCCGCCGUGCCCCUCGAAGAGGCCGCUCGCUGGUACAGGGAGCAAUUCAAAGCUUCCCUAAAAGCCCUGCAAGAAGAGGACGAGCGACGUGCCGGGCUGGCGGCGGCAGUGGAGGAGACAAGACAGGAGAUGCUGGCUCGAGUCGAUGCCGAGAAGCAGAAGCUGCUGGCGGUGCUGGAAGGGCUUCGGCGGGCACUGGGCAAGCAGGAAUCGCGGUUCUUGACCCGCUUGUGUCACCUACGCCGAGGGCUGGAGGAGCAGCGACGCGGUGAAGCCGCUGAGCUGGCCCGGCUCCGGCAAAGCCGCACGGAGCUCCAGGCCAAGUGCCAGCAACCGGACAGUGACCUGCUACGGGAUGCCCAAAUCACCCUGAGCAGGUGCACGGAGUGGAGGAUGCAGCCACAGCUGCCACCGAUGCUGGAGCUGGAAGCAGAGCUUGAAGAUUUUGCCCUGAAAACCAACGUGCUGGCAGAGGCAGCGAAGCAGUUUAAAGACAUCUUGGGGUGCUUCCUGGAGGAAGACUCGGGGGGAUACCGGAGAGCAACCGUGACGCUGGACCCAGCCACAGCUCACCCCCAAAUCCUGGUGUCAGCAGACGGCCGGACGGCAGGACGCCGGGAAUCCCCUCUGGCUCCUCUUCCCUCGGGAACAGAGCGCUUCGAGUCUCUCUGCUGCGUUUUGGGGCAGCAGGGCUUUGCGGGAGGCCGGCACCGCUGGGCCGUGGAGGUUCGUCCUGGUCCCGACUGGGCGCUGGGGGUGGCUCGGGAAUUUGUGUCCCGGAAAGGCUGCUUUGGUCUCAGCCCCGAACGAGGGGUUUGGGCCGUGGGGCAGUGGCUGGGGCAGCUCCAGGCUCUCACCUGGCCCAGCCCCACGUCUCUGCCCCACAGCCGCAUGCCCCGACGCAUCGAGGUGGAUCUGGAUUAUGCUGGCGGGCGGGUGGCUUUCCGUGACGCCGACAGCGAGACCGAAAUCUUCACCUUCCCCCCAGCUGUUUUUGCCGGUGAACGCCUCCGGCCAUUGCUCUGGCUGGGCGAGGGGCCGGCUCUGCUCACCCUCUGCCCCUGA